CAGCAUUUAGAAUGAUUCAGGACUCCCCCUAUGUCUGGAUUUUUAGGUUCCAACUAAUCUUCUCUAAUUAAGCGUUAAGGUUUUUCCAUCCAAGUCCCUUAGGUUGGACUCUUAGCUUGUCUUGGCAGUCCCUCCUAGGUAGCAUGUAGGUUGAACAGGGUGGCGAGGCAGAUAGGUUCCAACCAAGUCCCCUAUGGGUGAAUGGUCAGGUUUUAAUACCUCCUAAGUUGGACACUUAAAUGGCAGUGUUUUGCCAUUACACCUGGGCUCAAAAGGAAUUACAGAUCCGAACGCUGGGGUACUGCUGCCAGCUGGUUGGCGGAGUCCUGGUUGAACAGUGUCCUGCCAGGUCCGAAGUGGGCACACGCCUGCUGGUGGUGUCRGCCCAGCUCAGCCACUGCAGGACCGUCUUGAGACUCUUUGACGACCUGGCCAUGUUUGUCUACACCAAGCAGUACGGCCUGGGGUCAGAGGAGAAGGACGUCUUUGUCCGCUGGCUGUCUGUCCUGGGCAACGUAGCUGACCAGCUCUACUAUCCAUGUGAGCACGUGGCCUGGGCCGCUGACGCCAAGGUCCUCCGCGUGGACUCUGCCAGAUGGUGGACCCUGAGCACUGCCCUCUGGGGUUUCUCCCUGCUCCUGGGGGUUGCCAGGUCCCUGUGGACGGUGCUGAGGCUGAGGCAGAGGCUGAGGAACCCCAUGGCCAGCCUCACCAGUCGGCUGCCCCAGAGCAAGCAGAGGGCCAUCGAGGUGCRGAUGCAUUCGGAGGUGCUGACGCUCCUCAGCAACCUGGCUGACUUGGCCAAYGCCGUGCACUGGCUGCCACCAGGUGUCCUGUGGGCCGGCCGCUUCCCCCCGUGGCUGGUGGGCCUCAUGGGCACCAUCUCCUCCCUGCUCAGCAUCUAUCAGGCGGCCCAGGCUAGUGGCCAGCCCGAGGCUGCCAGCCCCUGACGUGGURUGAGGAGCAGGUGGAUGCAGCUGGACCCGACGGAGGGCCCCUUCCCACAGAGCAACCGCCAGCCAGGGGAUGCGUCUGUGAUUGAGCAGCCCUGGAGCAGGUGCAUAGGUAGGGAGGGAAGAGGGGCUGGUAUGGGGACCCUCGAAUCCCAGCCAGGGCCUUGGUGGGAAAAGCUCUUCUCGGAGGGCCAAAUGGGGAAGACCCCAGGACUCCCAAGCCAAGGCAGAGCUUGGAAAGGCCCUGUGUGGGCCUCUGCAGAGCCUUGUGUCUGCUGGCCGGGUCCUAUAUGCAAAUGAAGACAAGCAGGAGAGACACAUGCCAUGCUUCRAGUGGGACCUUGGGAAAGCUGGAACGAGA